AUGUCAAACACAACAGCUCCCAAACCAAAACGAGACAUGAAAGUCCUCUGUCUCGGCCUCCCCCGCACAGGCACAGCAUCCAUGGCCGAAGCCCUCACCAUCCUUGGCUACAAAGACGUAUUCCACGGUCUCAAAAUCAUCGACGACAAAGAAGCCUGGGCGAAUCUUGAGCGCGCAACAGACGCUUCAUUCCCGAAUCUUCCGACAUACACUGGGAAACCGUUCACCCGUGAACAGUGGGAUGAGAUCUGGGGAGAAUGUGAAGCCACCACCGAUGUAGCGUCCAUUUACGCACCGCAGCUCAUUGAGACGUACCCCGAUGCUAAGGUCAUUCUUGUAAUUCGGGAAUUCGACAGUUGGUUCAAGAGUGUCAAUGAGGGUGUUCUCAAACAACUCUGGAACCCGAUCGCCGAGUUCUCCAUCUCGUUUGUUGAACCACUCCUCGGUUCUAGAGCAGGUCCAGCGGCGCGAAAGCAAAUGCUAGGUCUUUUCCAAGCAGAUUCAGUCGAAGAAGCUCGAAAGAAUGGCCGAGAAACAUAUGACCGCCAUCAUCGUGUUAUUCGAGAGAUGGUGCCCAAGGAGCAGCUGCUAGAGUAUCGUAUGGGUCAAGGAUGGGAGCCCAUUUGUGACUUUUUGGAUAAACCUGUGCCGGAGAAGGAGUUUCCUUGGGUAAACGAGGCAGCAGAACUACGGAGAAUUGUAAAGGAGAAGGUUAAGAGGAAUAUUGCUGAUGCUGCGAUGGUUGUUAUGCCCUGGGCUGGAGCGGCUGCUGCUUUGGGAGCUGGAUACUGGAUGGUGUACAAGAGGUGA